AUGGCUGCGGCGCUGACCUGGGCUCUGGCGCUCUUCUCAGCAUUUUCAACCGCCCAGGCAUGGAAAGGCACCUGGGACGACUUCAGUCAGAGCAGUGGGGAUAAAGGCAGGGCGGAGCAGACCCAGCAGCAGAAGCUGGCACGGGAGUCCGCGAGCCUGAAAGGCAGCCUUGAGCAAGACCUCAACAAUAUGGACAAGUUCCUGGAGAAGCUGGGCCCUCUGCGUGGGCCGGGGAGGGAGACCCCCAGGCUCCCGCCCGACCCGGAGGGCCUGCGGCAGCAGCUGCAGCAGGAGCUGGAGGAGCUGAGGGUGCGCCUGGAGCCCUACAUGGCCGAGGUGCACCAGCGCGUGGGCUGGAGCCUGGAGGGGCUGCGGCAGCAGCUGAAGCCCUACGCCACCGACCUGAUGGAGCAGGUGGCCCUGAGCGUCCAGGAGCUGCAGGAGCAGCUGCGCGUGGCCGGGGAGGACACCAAGGCCCAGCUGCUGGGGGGCGCGGGCGAGGCCUGGAGCCUGCUGCAGGAGCUGCAGAGCCGCGUGGCGCACCACACGGGCCGCGUCCAGGCGCUGUUCCAGCCCCACGCCGCGCGCCUGGUCGCGGCGCACGCCGUGGCCAGCCCCGCGCGCCUCAGCCGCUGCGUGCAGGUGCUUUCGCACAAGCUCACGCUCAAGGCCCAGGCCCUGCACACGGGCAUCCAACAGAACUUGGACCACCUGCGUGAAGAGCUCAGCGCCUUCGCCCGCGCCGGCGCGGNGGGGGCCCCGGACCCCCAGCUGCUGUCCCAGGAGGUGCACCAGCGACUCCAGGCUUUCCGCCAGGACACCUUCCUGCAGAUCGCCGCCUUCACCCGCGCCAUCGACCAGGAGACGCAGGAGGUCCAGCAGCAGCUGGCGCCGCCCCCGCCGAGCCACGGCGCCUUCGCCCCCGAGGUCCUCCACGCGGACCGCGGCAAGGCCCGGAGCGCGCUGCAGGCCCGGCUCGACGACCUGUGGGAAGACAUACACUACAGCCUUCGCGACCACGACCCCGGCCACCUAGGGGAGCCCUGA